AUGCAUGCUAGAUGGGUGACUUUUUUGCAGAAAUUCUCAUUCGUUAUCAAGCAUACUUCCGACAAGACAAAUCGUGUGGCGGAUGCGCUCAGUAGAAGAGCUUCAUUGUUAAUCACGUUGACUCAAGAAGUUGUGGGGUUUGAAUGUCUGAAGGACUUAUAUGCGGGUGACGAUGAUUUCCAGGAAAUUUGGACUAAGUGCACCAAUCAUGAGCCAAUGGCAGAAUACUUUCUUAAUGAAGUUUCCUUUUUAAGGGAGAAGCUUAUUCAGGACUUGCAUGGUGGAGGGUUAAGUGGCCACCUAGGCCGUGAUAAAACAAUUGUAGGGAUGGAGGAGAGAUUUUACUGGCCACAGCUCAAACGAGAUGUUGGAACUAUUAUGCGCAAGUGCUACAUUUGUCAAACUUCAAAGGGGCAGGAUCUUGCUAUGGAUUUUGUCCUCGGUUUGCCCCGAACACAAAGGGGAGUGGACUCUGUAUUUGUGGUGGUUGAUCGGUUCUAA